AAUCUUGUAAAUACAUUUUAUAUUUUCCGUAAUUUGUGAAGUUAAAACUUUCUUUUAACACCAAAUGAUAAUAGUGUAAACUUGCCGUAAAAGCAACCACAAUGCCGCAGAACGAAUACAUUGAACGCCACAAAAAGCUUUACGGUAGACGUCUUGACUAUGAAGAGAGGAAGCGUAAGAAGGAGGCCCGCGAGCCGCACAAGAGAGCAGAGAAGGCGCGGAAACUGAGAGGUAUCAAAGCUAAGAUCUACAACAAGGAGCGUCGCAAUGAAAAGAUACAAAUGAAGAAGAAAAUUAAGGCACAUGAGGAGAGAAAUGUUAAACAAAACACUGAGAAGGUAUCCGAAGGCGCCCUGCCCGUGUACCUAUUGGACAGAGAUGUACAGUCUCGUGCUAAAGUAUUAUCCAACAUGAUUAAGCAGAAACGUAAAGAAAAAGCUGGAAAAUGGGAUGUACCAAUACCUAAAGUGAGAGCACAGGCUGAUGCAGAGGUGUUCAAAGUUUUAAAAUCUGGUAAAUCUAAACGAAAAGCUUGGAAGCGAAUGGUAACUAAAGUGACAUUUGUCGGAGAGAAUUUCACACGGAAGCCACCAAAGUUUGAGAGAUUCAUUCGGCCAAUGGCUCUAAGGUUUAAGAAAGCGCAUGUCACCCAUCCUGAAUUGAAAGCCACAUUUUGUCUGCCAAUAAUUGGUGUUAAGAAGAACCCAAGUUCUCAGAUGUACACAAGUCUCGGUGUAAUCACAAAGGGUACAGUUAUUGAAGUGAAUAUAUCAGAGCUUGGUCUUGUGACUCAGGCAGGCAAAGUUGUGUGGGGCAAGUACGCACAGGUCACCAACAACCCUGAGAAUGAUGGAGUUAUUAAUGCCAUUCUUCUUGUUUAAUGUAAUGUGUGAUAAUUUGAUUAAAAAUAAAGACU